AUGGUCGAGGCGCAUCGAGGGCUGGCUAAGGACGCCAGCAUCCAGCCUCCCUACCGUACCCGCUACCCGCCUGAGGAGUGUAGGCGUGCACACCGCCUGGUUCUGCCAUCGCGCGCUCCGCCUCCAUCCCCGCGCCCGCAGUCCCCGCCGCAGUCCUCGCAUCCGCGCCCGCAGCCGAGCAGUCCUGCCGCGCCCGCAGUCCCGCAGCGUCGCCGCGCUCGCGCUUCCCCGCGACAGCCGCCAUGCGCCCUAUCUCCGCCGUGCCUACGCCUCCUCCCCCGCCCGCCCGAGACCCGCCAAGUUUCCCUUCCUUACACGGCGAGAUCCACCAUCGGCGCCCCCUUCCCUGGCGAGCCACAGCCGUCCACGUUCCUGGCCACCGGCGACCUCCCUUCUCUAGCCCUUAGCGGCGAGCCAACACCUCCUCCCCAUGGCUGCCCUCCAGACCCCAGUCCCGUCCGCGCAUCCGCUCCCUCAUCAGCGACGCACCGAUUCUCCCCGACGUCGCCCAUGGCGUGGACAGCGACCUCCCUCACCCUGCACUCUGGCUACAAAAGGAAGAAUCUCUUAUCUUCCGGGUCACCAAAACAAAUGAAGUUAGUGGUAUAGAAAAGGUAAUUUUUGUGCUACUAGCUUGUCAUCUGCAAACCACCACAGUAAUUUUUAUUAGCUAAAUGAUAUGUCAAUGGGUUAACAAGGAUUUACUCUACAUCCAUAUUGACAGAAAUACAACACCCCAUGAUUUCCCAUUGAAACAAAAGGAAGACAUUCAUAUCCAUCAUUGCAAUUGCAAAAGAAAAAAAAUAGCAGGAUGUGCAAGCUGUUCCAAUUGUUUUUUCUUUUCCAAUUCUUAGUCCAUGCAAUUGCCUUUAUGCUUCUGCAAUCUGUCUGAUUGAUGAUUAAUCAAUUAAGUUUUGUAAAAGGAAUUAGUUGCUUAGAUCUCUGGACUUGAGGAGCAAAGGAAUCAACUCGAGGCAGAACUGAAAAAGGCAAUACUAUUCUCUCUAUUUCCACCUUCAUGAAGAUCUAUCGUUCAAUAUAUUUCUUCCAAAAUAUUUCAGCAACUUACAUAGUGGCAAAAUUGCUGUUUUUUUGCUAAACAGUUCAGGGUGGAGACAACCAACAGAUUUUGCUGUGAACAUUAAUCUUUGUUAGUUAGGUUUACUUAUUCAUAGAGGGUAAUGUUUACAUGAGAGGUUUGUUUUUAAAAGUGAUUCUGAAACUCAGAUUACAGGUGAAUACUAAAUUGAAAGUUGCUACAGUGAAGCUUAAAAAAACUAGAGAGGAACAGAACCAAUUUGAUGAAGCAAGCAAUCAGAUUGUGUUGCACCUAAAACCAAAGGUUAAGUUUUUGUAGGGGUCGUAAUGGGAUCUAAAAUUUAAGGAUCAAAUCAGAUUAGGAUCAUGCUCUAUUUUUGUUCAUUUUUGAAAAUCCUAUAUAAGCAUGGUGAAAGCUGAGAAGAGAUAUUCUCAACAGAAACACCUUUGCCAUGGAAGCCAUGGAUUUCCUAUAAACAAAUAGCUCCAGUGAGUAAAAUUAUAAAUGGGUAGUCAUAAGACGUGUAAACGUACCUAAAGCAGAGCAUAUAGUUCAGGAAUAUUCUCCACAAGUGUCUCAAAUAAUCAGAUCCAAGCAACCAUGAGCAUGACAAAAUUAAGUAUUAGGUAUGUAUUGUUUCAUUUGAUAAUUCUAGGAUGUUUGUACUUCACAUCAGA